AUGGUUUUGGUUCUCGAUGGUGCUGCGGUGUUCAUCGGCUGGAAAGUGAGGCUUUCCAAUAUAACCUUACAAAAAAGAUACGCUUUCUUCAUCAUCCUUUCUAUUCCUAGGCUUUCUUCUUCAUCUAGGGUUUUUGUGAGUUCUGUUUUCUAUGUAGGUUAUUCUACAUUGCGAGUCUCUGUGCUCUUUUUUACAGAAAUAUUUAAAAAGACGAUACAAAAGCAUGGUCUAAGUGGUGGUGUAAUUUCUCUCAGGGAAGAGUACUCUUUUAAAGAGUCGAGGAUGGCUGCUAGAUCAAGAAACACCUGUUGUACAUAUGCAAUUAGAAAAUUGAAGAGAUUGUCUAUUACAAUCCUAUCAUAUGCUUUUUGUUAUAUAGGUAUAGGGUUAUCAGGUACAAUGGCAGGAUAGUUACCUAAAACUGAUGUUUUCUUGGCUACAAGAAAUUUUGGAUCAAUGUAUUUCUUACAUCAGCUACAAGGUUGAUUGGUUGAACAUAGACCAUAAAAAUUUCCUAUGGAAAAUAGAUCCCUUGCAAAUGAAACAUCGGGUGGAAUUGGUUUCUCUAUUAGUUGGUUAAACGAGGUCUAAUGUUCUUUUACUUAACUGGUGUUGGGGUCAGGUUUCCUAUUAAUCAUUGUGUAGAUAUGUGAUAUAACAAUAAUGUAUUUAAUUUUCUUUUCAUUUUAUGUGUGUUUUUGUUGUUUAUUAUUCAAUAUUAAAUUAUAUUGGAAGAAGAGAAUAGAA